CUUUGGGACUUGUCAGAAGUGAAAUAUCAUCCUGUGACUCCCUCCCGAGAUUCGAAAUUCCUUCUUCUUUUCUUUUCCCAUCUCUUCACCCAUCUGACUUUAGUAGUAAACUCUACCUAGGUCUCAAACCUACCAUUUGACCAUUGUCAACCUUUUACUUCGAUAUUUUCGAAGACUUACACUCUUUACCCCUGACUCUUUGAGCUAGACAUCGUCGACCUAGGUGCCUAGGUUCAAAAAGCAGGUUUCCACUCCCACCACCAUACUAUAAGCUAUAUUAGCCAACCCGCAUCGGAGUUGGCGUUGCUUAUUACCUUUUACGACGGAACUUGGUGCUUACGCGUAAACCCACGUUUACUCGAAGCCACCAAAUCGCCAAGUCGCCAAUCUGACCAACCUGCAUCGUAUCCAUUCCCUCGGCAUCGCUAAUCACGUAGCCAAUACCAUGUCGUACGUGUCCGGUACCAACUCUUCCACUUCCCUUAUGGGUUUCUCUGUCCAUCAGCCUGCCAAUGGUGCCCCUUUACAGUUUUUCCCUCCCAUGGGGUCCAAGCAGUUGAACGAGAUGAUCGACGCUUAUGUCCCCGGGGAUGCUUCCAUCCUUGAUAAGCGUGCUACCGUCUCUAUGGAAUUCUUCGAGCACAGCAUAGCAACCGGCGAAUGCUUCAAAUUCUUCAUGGUCUACCCUGCCCUUGGCUCUGCCACUGAAUCGCCAAGUAUAGCCUUGGCUGAUACCGGCUACGUCUCCAACUUCACAUCUCCUGUUAUGUCCGAGAGCCAAUGGACCCAAGCUAGCAAUAUUUCUUCGUCUAGCGAACACAGGGCCCAAAAGCCGUCUCCCAAGAAGACGGCUCUAUCCAAUGAUUUCUCACAUCUUCCUGGUAUGAAGAUUUUAACUAAGGACGGAAAGGACGUCACCAAUUCGGCUUCCCGUGGCUGCAAAACAAAAGAGCAGCGUGACCACGCCCACCUAAUGCGUAUCAUCAAGGCUUGCGAUUCUUGUCGGAGAAAGAAGGUGCGUUGUGACCCGAGUCACAAGCGGUCGUCCGGUUCUUCUGCGGCCAGAACAGCCAAGAAGACGAAGAAGACCGCUGCACAGUCCGUCCCAGCAUCGGCACCUCCACCACAAACAACAUUAGAAUCUUCAGAGCAACCUUUAUACAUGCCAUCAUUCGACAUUACACAAGUAUCUAGUUCAUCUUUUGACUCUGGCAUGUCGGAGUCGCUAGUUGAUCCCAUUAUGGACUGGGAUCAGUUCGUUCAGUACGACGAGGAGCCAAUCGAGGCCAUUCCGUACGGCUACGACUUCUUCUUUGACCCUGCGGGCCACCUUACACCAACAUCAUCAUCCAACUCAUACUCGUCACCAUCUCAACCAAUUACUCCGGCUCAAACGGCAGGCCUCGAGAAUGCGGCAGUUGGCCUAACAGAAGAUUCCCAGGCAGUACUACCACCUUAUCUAAACCCAGGUGGCGAGGCUGGCAACAACUACGCCGACUUCAACCUAUACUCACCAGGUUCUUCGGUUUGUCUAGAUGAUGACCCAAGCCUAAGUAAGGAAGUUGCAGCGUUGCCACCACCUGAGAGCUCAAGAUACCUAGAAAACCGACAACUAUUUGAUAUAGACCAGGACCAAGACCGAGAUCGGGAUACUCAACUAGGCGUAUCUAUAAAUGCAGAUCACCAAGCACUGCUCGUCUCACAAGAACAGGCAUCACUACCAACCGGCCUAGAUACAUCAUACCACGAGGAAACAUCCAACGCUCCGAUCCAAUCCCUUAUUGUAGCACAGGGUGACAGCGGCCAGAUUAGCCAAGUGCCCGGGUCGCGCGUUCCAGUUUCGCCAGGUCUACCAAGCCCAUUAACACCAGUAAGGGCAGGCGAACCACGGCCGCAACCGUGGACCUCGCCAUCGCCAUCGCCAACUGGAGUAGGCGUACCAUCCUCUCGACUACACGAAUCUCAGCUUGGAUUAUCUUCAUCUUCCACCGCUCUAAGGAAAGCCAGUCAGAACCUUGCAGAAUGUCACAGUCGGCAAGACUCGGUUGCUAUGCUGACGAGUAGUAGUGGUACUCGGUGUACCACGUCUAUGAACUCAGCAGCGCCCGAUGCCAUGAAAGAAUCGUCUUCGACAAGCCAGUCACGUCGCGAGUCUAGCAAACUUCCACAGAACAACGCGACAACCCUCAACACCGAAGAAUCGAUUUCUUCUCUCUCCGAGCGCCGCACGGCGGAUACAGUCACAAGAUUUUCUCUGUCUCAAAAUAUACUUUCUUCGUGGUCUUCUGUCGCACGGCCAGAUCCAAUCUCCCGGGAUACACCCACACAUCCUUCGUCUAGCAUUGGCAACCCAGCUUCCCAGAAUAUCGCAACCUUGGAUGCUGCCGAGAAUAGUGGUGUCUAUGAUACAGCUGUUCCAUCCGCUUCCUUGUCUAAGACGAGCCAGACAGUGCUCUCGUUGGGUGACAACGAACAGAGCCAUGCAGAAAGGAGGCAGCUCCUUUCAGCAUCUCUAAACAUGUCACAGUCACAAACCAGGCCGGACAUGCAGAGUUGGUCCAAGACGAUUGCGAAUGCAGUGGCGGGAUGCCUACUAGUAUUCGCAUAUGCAUCUUUGAGCGUGCUUCAUCAGUGGUCACUCCUUGGCAAUAAAGCUGGAGAAGUUCAAACCACCGGAAUCUUCGUGGGGUCUUUAUCUGUUGCUGUCGUCUACACUAUGUUUGGGCAACAUAGUAUAGGCAUGCUAGAUCUAGCCACACAAGUUCUUCCCUUUCCGAGGCGACGCGCCAUUGGUACGGACACCGUCAAGUCAAGAUACAUAUCCAGGGUGCGCAACAACCUCAAAAGUAACUUCUCCUUGCACUCAUCAGAAAGACUACGGCCCCGGGCUAUCUCAUGCAGCGCAUGAUAAGUCUUGUUUAAUGAUGAUAUUUUUUGCCAUAUAAAUCAUUUCUACUAAAUAUUGUUGUGGUUGGCGCUUGGUCGCUCUUUCCAGGGAAAAAAAAAUUCAUAUAUGAUACCCCAGGUUAAAAACAGACGGUGGUGAAUUCAGAGUGGGCUUCCAGCUCCGUACAUGUUAUGUACCUAGUUAAGGGAAGGAAGAUGGUUGAGAGUCGGUCCAACUGACGAUCUAUGGGAGGUGAUGUAUUCCGUGCCUACGUAGACCAAUACGACACUUAACCACUUUUUAUGAAUACUGUCGGCUUUUAAUGACCUUGUGAUAUGAAUUGUGUUGCUGGGCCGUGUGAAAGUUGCUGUUUCAUAAUUUCUCGUUGAGGUCUGGGAUAUUUGAUAGGUAAUAGCAACGGCCGAGUAAAGAUAUGGUUUAGAAAAUAUCAAUCCGUUUAUAAUAACUUACGACUUAAUACCGUUUGUUAUUUUACCUUAGUUAAUGUUCAAUGCGUAUUGUAUUGAUACACUCCUAAACUUUUUUUUAACUAUACAUACUUAUAACUAUAGAG